AGAUUAAAAGCCGCCGGCAGGGAGCGCUGGCGGCCGCGUCACGCGGGGCUCGGUCGGGGCUCCCAGUGGACAGCGCUGCGCCUCCCCUAAACACCAGUUAACCACAGCCGACUCGACCCGAAGGUAAACAACGGCGUUGGCUUGAUGGGAUCCAGGCGGUUGACAAAGUGAUGGUGUGAGGUGCUUGCGCGUGGAAUGUUGCGCUGGUCGGUGCACCUGGAAGGAGGGCCGCGGAGAGUCAACCAUGCUGCUGUGGCGGUGGGGCACAAGGUGUACUCCUUUGGAGGCUACUGCUCCGGGGAAGACUACGAGACGCUCCGUCAGAUUGAUGUGCAUGUCUUUAACACAGUGUCUCUGCGCUGGAUGAAGUUGCCUCCAGUGAGGAUGGGAGGAGGACACGAACGCGUCCGCGAAGUGCCGUAUAUGCGUUACGGCCACACCGCUGUGCUGCUGGACGACGUUAUCUACCUCUGGGGUGGCCGCAACGACACGGAGGGGGCCUGCAAUGUGCUUUAUGCCUUUGAUGUCAACACCCACAGAUGGUUCACCCCCAAGAUUUCGGGGACCCUUCCGGGGGCAAGGGACGGCCACUCCUCCUGCGUCCUGGGGAAGGCAAUGUAUAUAUUUGGAGGUUACGAACAGCUGGCUGACUGCUUCUCCAAUGACAUCCACAAGCUGGACACCAUCACCAUGGUUUGGUCAUUAAUUAAUGCCAGGAGCACUCCGGCACGCUGGAGGGACUUCCACUCGGCCACCAUCAUCGGGACGAAGAUGUUUGUGUUCGGAGGGCGAGCGGACCGCUUCGGUCCCUUCCACUCCAACAACGAGAUCUACUGCAACAAGAUCAAAGUGUUCGAUACGCAGACCAACUGCUGGCUGAGCACGCUGACCACACAGCCGCUGCCAGAGGGACGGAGGAGUCAUUCAGCCUUUUCCUAUAAAGGGGAGCUGUACAUAUUUGGCGGAUACAAUGCACGUCUGGACCGGCACUUCAAUGACCUCUGGAAAUUCAAUCCAGAAACCCUUUCCUGGACGAAGGUGGAACCGAAGGGGAAAGGCCCGUGUCCUCGGAGACGCCAGUGCUGUUGUAUGGUUGGGGAUCGAAUCAUUCUCUUUGGAGGAACCAGCCCCUGUCCGGAGCAAGGAAUGGGUGACGAAUUCAACCUCAUGGAUCAUUCUGACCUGUAUAUCUUAGACUUCAGCCCUAAUUUGAAGAUGUUAUGCAAAAUAGCUGUUAUUCAAUACAGUCUGGAGCAGUCAGGACUCCCACAUGAUCUCAGGUGGGAACUGGCGGCCAUGACCACCAACAGCAACAUCAGCAGGCCCAUCUUCUCGUCCCACGGCUGACGCAGCAGAAUGUAAAGCAGAACAGGGACUGCCCGCUCCGAUUCAGGACACCGAGCUUUUAAUCCUUCUAAUCAAACUGAGCUCCGAUGGACUGUUUUUUUUUUUUGGGGUAGAGUUUGGACCCUUACAGGAUUUCUUUCCCCCCACGUUAACUUCAAGUGACAACUCAUUACUGACCAAGAAAUCCCACAUGUGAAUUCCUCGGACCCCGCGAGCGCUGUCGCGUCGCGUUUCAACACCCGAGACGCUUAAAAUCUGUUUCACCUUCUUGUCUUCUUUUCUAGCAUCUCUAGAAAUCCAAUCAGCCUAUGAUAAUCAUAGACUUCUAACCACAGGCACAGGGAGGGACGAGGACCUCAAGGUAUCGAGAAGUCAACUCCUUGUCCACAGACGUGAACCCUUUUGUUUUAGCUCUAAAGAGGCCGAGGUGGUCAUCAGUUUGUAGGUCUAGCAGCUCCACCGUGGUCAUAAACCCAUGGAGAAACUGCCACGUCAACCAAGCAGAACCAAUCAACUUGUUACCUAGGUGUUAAAUGCAAGGAGCGCGAGUAUUGGGUGUUCAGUGAUUGUGAUCGACCAUCUACUUCCUCACAACCUGGCGAGGGGGGGGGGAUUCUGAUGCAACUAUGUACUGUGUAUGUGUGUGUAAGUUAGCCUGUCGUCAUGGGGAGAGGUGCUCACUAAUAUGCAUCAUGUCGUUGUUCCUGCUGUAGACAAUCGUGACGCGAUCAGACUUUCCUCUUGGCCCGCCCCCCGUUCCCGGAUACGUUGUUUGUGUUUGUGUCUGAAUGCGAGCAAAUCAUAACCUGAGCAGAUGUUCUUACGGGCUCUCUGAACACACACUCGCCACACAGCUGGACAAUGGCUUGGGACGGCUCAAAUUGGGGAUGUUCAUGCAGGUUGUGUGUUUUUAUUCUAAUCUCCCAUUUUAGAACAAAUCUUUGAAAACACAGUGGUAGUGGACUCUUUUUUUAAAAAUAAGGUUUUAUCUCAGCCCACUAUAGUCAAACGAUACGGUUGGUGAUAUCCUAAAGUUUUGAUGAAGUCAGCAAAUCAGAUAAAAUGGCCGACAACGUCUCAACACCGUCUGUGGUUCUCGUUGUUCUCGCCGAACGGAGCGCUUAUGUAAUAAGUAGCAUCUGAAAACAUGCUAAAUGUAGUAUUUCGUUGAGGACUCCUCUCAGUGGAGGGUUUGGUGUGUGUACAGCAGCAGAAGAACUCGAGGUAAACUGGAGUGGACAGUUGAUCCAAGUCUGCAGGCAGAUCUAUCCGGCACACACAACAGCUUUUUAAAUAAUUUUAUGGGAUUUAUUGACAUAUAUGACGAAUACAGCAUAUCACCAGCCAUAUCCUUUGAGUCACUAAAAAUAUAGGGGCAUGCCAUUUAAAUGAAAGACUUAGUGACAACGAAUAUACAGGUGCUAAAGUUUUAUUUAUACUGCCUGUUUGAUGGUGGUAUUAACUUGUGUUACCACACUGUUGUGAGCUGCGGUGAAGCUUUUCAGUCCUGGUCUCUGGGACCGGCCAGAUAGACAGAUAGACAGAUGUAUCAGUGUCUGAUUAGCUGGCUGGAAUCAAACCCCGCAGGGCUCCGGGUCCCAAACACCAGGGCUGGAUAACGCUGACCUGCGUGGUAAAUGUUUACAAAUCCGUGUGUUCCGUGUGAGUCCGUGUAAACAAUCCUAAACGCAGGUCAAAGUCACUCAAUAACUGCACUAAAGCCAAUCGUGGCGGGACAGGCCUUACGGAGAGGAGACGAGUGGACACUUUUUUCAGACGACGGCCCGCCUGAAACAAAGUCUGAAUUUAAUUUGGGAUGAGACGUCAGACAACGCAGCGAAAACCACAGGGGAGCUAAUCGCGUGUUCAAGGGGAAAAGCCAAUACUGGUAACCAUUGUGAACAAUUUUUUUUUUUUUUGGAGUUGUGGAAGUCAGUCAAAAGCCUACAGUCUUUCUGUCUACAGAAGUGCAUCAUUACAUUAAAGCACGCACUCUUUAUGAAGUUAUACAGUAAAUAUUUCAUGAGCAGACAGUUGUAUGUGACCAAACGGAUCUCACGCCUUCUAAUAAUUGAUUUACAACAAAGAAUGCUUGGAGGAAAAACAACAGAACAAACGAUGGAGUGGAUUUGGAUUGGUUUUAUUUUGUAUUCAACACCGUUUUCAGAGGGGACUGUCGAGGUUGGUCAGGACUUCCUGUGCAAUAUACUUUAUUUCUAUAUCAAAAAUAAACCAGACAAUUUGACUUCUGUACACAUUUUAAA